AUGGUCAAAUUCCGCACAGCAUCCCUCUAUCCGUUGAAAAAUGCCGUCCCCGAAACCCCUGGCGACCGCCGCUGGCAUGCUCCAAAACCGCCUGAGCACCACCCUCCGUACACGAGGCGGUGGCGGCGAUGGCCCGAGCCGGUGGGCCACAGCCGGCCACCAAGAACGCCCCAACGGUUAUUUUUUGAACCGGACACCUCCACCGCCGGGUCAGUCGAGGAAGUGGGAGGACUGGGAACUUCCAUGCUACAUUACCAGCUUCCUCACUAUCGUCAUCCUCGGCGUUGGGCUCAACGCCAAGCCCGAUCUCACCAUCGAGACGUGGGCACACCAGAAAGCCCUCGAACGCCUCGAAUCGGCCCAACAGAUGGCGACCCUUUCUGAUGAUUCCGAGUGAUUUACCAAUUUUGGUAAGAUUAAUUUGGAUAUCGAAUUAGAAUGAUCUGUUGAUAUUAUGGUGUUUUGUGGUGUACUUGGGAGAAUAAGGGUUCUUAAUUGUUGAAUUGGGCACUUCACUUCUUUGUUUACAAGGACGAUUAAUUAUUGGAAAGUUGACUGUUCCUUUUCCGAUGUUGCAAUUACAAUGUAUCAAACGUCGAGAGAAAUUUCUGAUUUUCUUAACUGAGUUAUGUGUUUCCGUGUUGAUCACCAGUUUCUACCUUCUAGAUUGAUUAGAAAAUUAUUCAAUUGGAUGCGUUUGGAUGCUAA